GUAACGAUUGGGGGGGGACUCGUCAGGAUUUGGGAAUUGAAUUGCUUGUCAAGCUUGUUCGAAGUCACUUCCGGGGGGCGUGCUUGAGUGAUUUGAGGAGCGCGGGCGGUCUCCAGCAAGAGCCCCGCCCCUCGCACUUUGACAUUUUCGAAGUUAUUAGGAAUCGUAUGAGCUCACUGUAUAUGAUGACCUCACCGCAGCUGAUGACACUUCCACUUCCUGGUUUGCUGAACGUCUCAUACGCGCAACUUAAUCAAUUAGAACGAUUGUCAGCAUCAUGAAAAUAAUGACGAGCGCUAGCGCCCACCCGAAGUUGCGUUAGCGUUCGUGCGCGCGUUCCUUCGUGGUGCGUUCGAGGACCUUCUGUCGCUCAUGUUGUCAACGUUGGACUCGGUUAGGGUUGAGUGACGACGCGAACGGGAAUGCUUGUCGUCUUCGCGUGACCUGCGCGUGACUGGCGACCAGGGACGGACGCGCUCUGUCACGCCUUGUUGACGUCAUCGUCAUCGUCAUCUUCAUCUUCAUCAGGAGGUCCGAUGGGUGACCGGUCACCGGGCGGACGUCAGGAAUAUGCGUGGCGAUUGCGUGAAUCGAUCGGGUAAAAAUGACAAUGGAGUGAGCCCACUUAAGGUCUCAGCGGCUCGAAUCCGAAUCAGAACCAGAAUCCGAAUCGUCUCUAUUGGCCAAAUGGGCUCAAAGAAAUGAGGGAUUCAUCUCCGGUGGUUGGAGUCGCUCCAAACGUUUGCGUUCAGCAAACGUGCUGAAACGAAUCCAAUGUCAACCGAGUUGGAGAAAAACAGAGCAACACUUCCAAUCUUAGCUUGCCCUUAUCGCUAGCGCGGCAAAACCUUUAUGUUGCUACUGGUCGGGUAACACAAUUGUUUGGAAGUGAAAAAUGCAAAUGGUUUUUGCCUCUGAAGCGUUUAUUUGGGCGCGAAAUAAUGACAGCAUGCACUGACAAUCUUGCGAUUUGCGCGAUAUUUGGGAAAGACGAUCUGCCGCGCGGUGACUCCGCGAUGUAGAAUCAUUUUCGGCAGUGCAAGAAAGAAAAGAACAAACUGAAAGUGUCUUAGUUUGUUUGUACUUUGCGUCUUCCCAGCAGCAAAGCCGCUUCAGCGCGCGCGUGCGCGGACGUCGCGUUCACCUGAGACACGCGUGGGCGCCGCUCACGCGCGCGCGCGCACGUCGCUUCCCACGCCAACAUUUUGAUCCUCCAGAGAGCAACAACUUCUCCUUUGAUGAGUUCCAAUAUGCAACCAAAACGGAAUAUUUUGUACUUCCCCUCCAAAUUCGACACAAAGAAAUCCACAGUGACAAUAUGAUUUUUCCUUCUUUUUUUUUUCAGAUUUAUUCCUCUAAAAGAAAAUCCACUAAGUAUUCCCAGCUCUUCACUUGUUCCGCGUUUUGUUAUUUUCCAGCCGUAUUCCAAAAUGGAACCUCCACAUUCUACAUCGAAUACCGCAUGCAGAAAACGCGAAGAGCUCAUUUGGGGAUUGUUCUUGCAAAAUGACAAAUAAAAGCCAACCUGACGUCUUUCCACGUUGUCAUUAUUGGGUCUUCAAUUUCAUCCAUUUUGUUGGCGAAGUGAAGCUUUUCACUUGUAAACACUUUGAAGAAGGUUGAGUUAAAAACUGAGGUUUUAACCUAAGGAUUGCGGGAAAAUGUGAUUUUCGGAGUCAUAUUUCCUGUCAUAGUUAAAAAAAAAAAAAAAGCAACCCAAAAGUGAGGCGUGUCACCAGGCGCCCGGGGGGAGCAGAUGGGCGCGUCCCGGUGAGGCGCGGCGGCUCGUCGCUGCGUGCGCGCGCGCGCGCGCGCCCUUAACGUCUGCUCGCGCUCGCGUGGCGCGGAUGCAACUCGUUGUUGUCGCCCUUUUUUUGUGUUUCAGGUGCGCGAGCCGGCAAAAGUGACAGCAAAGAAAGAGACGGAGACCGCGAAAAGAAACAUUCGAAAUGGGCCGGAAGAAGAUUCAGAUCGCCCGCAUUGUGGACGAACGCAACAGACACGUGACCUUCACCAAGCGCAAGUUCGGCCUGAUGAAGAAGGCGUACGAGCUGAGCGUGCUGUGCGACUGCGAGAUCGCGCUCAUCGUCUUCAACGGCACCGACAAGCUCUUCCAGUACGCCAGCACCGACAUGGACAAGGUGCUGCUCAAGUACACCGAGUACAACGAGCCGCACGAGAGCCGGACCAACGCCGACAUCGUCCACACGUUGCGCAAGAAAGGCCUCAGCGGCGGCGAGAGUCCCGACGUGGAGGCGGACGACUCUGCCGGUCAGAGCCCCGACGCGGACGACAAGUUCGCCAAACUGCUGGACGACGACAUCGACCUGAUGCUCACCAGGCACAGGAUCUGCGGUCUGCCCGUCUCCAACUACGACAUGGGCAUGAACGCCUCCCCGCUGCUGUACUCCCACCCUGGCAUAGGGGGCGCCGCGGGCGACCACAACCUGCCGCCGAUCCACCACGCCGCCGUGCAGAGGAGCGCCGCGUCCCCCCGGCGGCCCCCCGGCGGGGGAGACGCAGGCCUGUCGGGUUCCGAGCUGACAAACGCUGUUGUCGGCGUGGGCAACGGCGUCUACGGCAACCGGUGCCCCUCCCCCGUCGCCAUGUCACCGGAGGGCGUUCGAGACAAAAGUCCGCCGACGGGCGCGAGCCGCGAGCCCGACCUACGACUCCCGAUGCCGCCCGCCAACCAGUGCGGCGACGUGCCGACCGCGAACGCUCGGAUCAAUCACGCCCAGACGGCGCAGACGCUGUCCAGUCCCGCCGCGUCCGCGUCCGCCGGGACGAGCGGCUUCCCGUCCUCGCUGUCGUCCUACGGCGCAGAGUUCUCGCCGGGCGGCGAGCUCUCCUGCCUGACGGCUUUCGGGUCGGCCGGUCCGGACUGCGGCUGGCGGCGGCGGCGGCAGCAGCAGGACCGGCAUGUCCGCGACCUGCGCGACCUUCCGCUCGGUCACAUGGGGAAUUUGUGUCAGAACGCCAACGUCCACUUCCCGUCGGGCCACCAGAACCUUCACAUCAAGUCGGAGCCGGCCUCGCCCCCCCGGGAGCGCGGGGGGGCGGCGGGGCUGACCGGCGCCCGUCCGGGCCGCUCGCCCGCCGACGGCGCGUCCGGCUGCGGGAGCUCGUACGACGACGGCGGCGGCGACUUCCUCCCGUCCGUCAAGCGCGUGCGGCUGACGGAGGGCUGGGCCACAUGAUGGAGAGUGGAAGGGGCGGGGCUUGUCACACGGCUUACUUUGUAGUGUUCAUUCUCUAAUCAUCUCAUUGGCUGGGUUCGAAAUCUAUCACGAGUCGCUACAUAGGGAUUUUUUUUUUUUUUCGACGAACGGUUCGGAACGCGGCGACCGCGUUCCGAACCGUUCGCUCAUUGCCGCCACCCGAAUAGCUACAAAAGGGAUUUUUACACGGCAGGCCUAGUUAGUCCCUGAAAGGUCCAGUGAAAAUCCCUUUGGAGCGAUUCAGGACUACGUCAUGAGUGAAGGAUCUGCAUUCGGAAUCAUUCUUCAUUCCUGACUCCUGAAUCGCGACAGGAGGAUUUCUCGCGGACUGUUUUGGAACUAUCGACUGGAGCGAGCUCCUACGUAUAAAAAUCCCAUGAUGAUCUCAUGUGAGUUAGGGAACGAGUAAAUGAAUUCCGACACGGCCCGUUAUCGUUUUCAUAAUCUCGUAUUUAGCGGGUGUGCCCUUUGUGUUUAUGAGGCAGAGCGCCGGUCGCCAUUGUGACAAACUUGUGAGUCAAAGCUCAUUUGUAAAAAUCGGCCAUCGAUGGAUGGAAAAAUUAAAAUAAAAUAACUUGUAAUGUCCCGCUCGAGUGCAGCUAAUGCUUAUUUUUAGUGUACACGCUAAUUAAUAAAAGGUCCAAAGGAUCCACAAGGGCACCCUGAGGAACCCCACUGGUUACAUGGGACAUUACGAUGGGAGAGGGAAAAAAGGAAGAAUCAUUUCUUUUUUAUUUAUUUAUGUAUUUAUUUAUUAAAUAGUCAUUUGAAAUCCCCAAAACUCAUUUUUACAAACAGAGUUUUGACUCAUAAGACUUAAACCAAGUAGAAUUUAGGACACACUGUCAGAGGGGGAAAAGAAUACAUUCACCACGAGAGUAAAGUCGUUUUUCUUAAUAUGACAACUUUUUCUCUGUUUUUUUUUUUAAACAUGACUUUUUUUCUCCUAAUGUUAAAACAAAAAGGCCCAAAACCUUUUGGGGGAAAAUAUGACUGAAUACCUCAAAAUAAUACCUCUGUUCUUGCAAUAUUAAAAAAAGACGAGGCUUUAAUGUCUUUCAAAAAGUAGUUUUCUUCUAAUACAAACAAUAAUGCAAAACAAUACAAUUAUUUUAUUGACAAAUAGGGGGUGGUGAAAAAAUGUUUUUUACCCCCAAAAAGUUUUUUCUCGACUUUUAACCUACAAAAUAAAUAAAUAUAUAUGUAUAUAUGUGUGUGUGUGUGUGUGUAUGUAUAUGUCUAUAUAUACAUACAUAUACAUAUAUGUGUAUAUAUACAUAUAUAUAUAUAUAUAUAUAUAUAUAUAUGUGUGUGUGUGUGUAUAUGUAUCUCCGUUCCUCACCUAUGGUGACGAGCUGUGGGUCGCGACCCCAAGAACGAUGCCGGAUACAAGCGGCCGAAAUGGAAAUGAGUUUCCUCCGCAGGGCGUCCGGGCUCUCCCUUAGAGGUUAGGGCCAGACGCUCGGUCGUCCGGGAGGAUCUCCGAGUCGAGCGCCGCUGCUCCUCCGCAUCGAGAGGAGCCAGAUGAGGCGGCUCGGGCAUCUGACUAGGAAGCCUCCCCGGUGAGGUGUUCCGGGCACGUCCCGCCGGGAGGAGACCCCGGGGACGACCCGGCACACGCCGAACUGGACGAAGUGGCCGGGCGGAGGGAAGUGUGGGCGUCUCUGCUAAAGCGACUGCCGCCGCGACCCGACCUCGGAUAAGCGCGAGAGAAUGGAUGGACGGAUGGAUAUGGCGGCACGGCGGACGACCGCUUAGAACAUCUGCCUCACACUUGUGAGGUUGCCGGUUCAAACCCCGGCCCCGCCCGUGUGGAGUUUGCACGUUCUCCCCGUGCCUGCGUGGCUUUUCUCCGGGCGCUCCGCUUUCCUCCCGCAUCCCAAAAGCAUGCGUGCGAGGUUAAUCGGAGAUGCUAAAUUUAUCAAUUUCAAAACUCCGAUUUCCCACUUUUACGCAACGCAGCAUUUAGAUCUAAAAAGAAUUACAGUUCAGGUAAUUAAUUGUCUUAAUAUUAUAUUUUGUUUUCUUAUAAAAAUGCAAAUAUUUUUCUGAAUAAAAUUCAAUUUGAUCCUAGAAUUAGUGGGUUUUUUUCAUAUUGUAAGAAAAUGUUAUCCUUUUUUUUUUUUUUUUUUUUUAAAAGAGACUGGGAAAAAAUGAAUGGCUGACAUAAUUGCUACUGUAUGAAUAUAAGUAACUUUUUGGUGAAAAUGUACCCUGCAAAAAUAUUUUUAUAAAAUUGUAUUCUUGUAAUAUUACAAUAUUUCCCCCCAAAAAGAUGUCUUUCUAAAAAAAAAAAACAAAAAAAAAAAACAUCUUUACUCUCUUAGAAUGCCUAUUUUUGUUCUUCUUCGUGUGUUCCUAAAACUCAUUCUUGUCGACUUUCAGCUGAAUGAAUACUUGUUCGCAGCCAUUUUGUGGGCGGGGUCAAAAGAACCCGAACGAAUGUUUCAAAACAAAUGUUUAUUUAAAAAUAAUAAUAAAGACGUGUGACAUCGCGGCAGGAAGUGAGCGAAGGUCAGCGAGGUGAGAGGAAGUGGAAGUUUGUGCGGGGUCGGCGGGAGGUCGGAAAGAGCGUCGAUGGGCGGGGCCAGGCGGGGUGCUGGAGCCAAUCGCAUCCGGCCGUGCGUGAGGGGCGGAGGAUGUUAGCAUUUAGUUUAGCAUUGGACUGCGGGGCAGUGAAGGGUUUGAAUGUAUUUUCGGGGGGGGGCGUCAGAGGACACGCCGUUGCCGUGGUGACGCCACAAGCGAUCGGCGGAAGUCAUUCGAGUUGGCUGGAAUGAGUAUCGGAGUACUUUUGCGACUCGUCUCCGUGGUAACCGUGAGGCGCUGACCCCAGCUUCUGAUUGGCUUUUGUUGUGUGUUUGUUUUUUUUUGUUUUUUUUGUUGAAGCUGAGGGUUGUUCACAUUUGAAUAUUUUGCUGAUCAAAAAUGUAUAUUUGGAGGCCCAACCCUCAUUUCAAACCACCGGAAGGAACCGGUUCCGAGGUAGACCCCGACCGAGCGCUUCCGGCUCACAAUGUUGCUUGACGCCCGAGAGGAGAUUAAGAGAUUAAGGGCAGAGCCCGCAAAUUUUCUUUUUCCAAAAAAAAAAAAAAAAAAAAAAAAAAAAAGAACAAAA